CCCAAACACCCUCUCAAUACACGUUAUGUUUGGAAAUUUGGUUGUUAUGAUGACACGAGUCAGUCGCUAGAAACAACGGCAGAAGGCGAAGAUGCUUGGCGAUGAAGCCAGAGAAUUGCUAGGGUUUCCUCCCAAUUCCUCCCCUUCAUCGUCACAGGUCAAAGCUGCUUACAAGAAAAAGGCAUGGGAAACUCAUCCAGAUCGUUUCCCCAAUUCUCAAAAAUCUCUCGCCGAAUCCAAUUUCAAACUGAUUUCUGAAGCUUACUCAUGUUUACAGUCCGGCACAUAUUCAACAAGAGGAACAUAUUCAAGGGUGGUGAGAACCGGAGUCCCAAGGAGUCAAGGAGGAAGUAAAAACAAAGCAUUGAUUCAGAUCCCAUUCCUCUUGAUUGUUGUAGGAACGGUUGCACUCGGUGGGUCCAGUGCCACUAGGGCUUACCGAAGGCAGAAAGAGGCAUACCCAUCACAUAACCCUUUUCUUCCUUGAGGUUACAAACAUUUGCGGAAAGAGUCGGGCAGUCGUCAUGUGAGUCGCAUUCAUCUUGUUGUUUUGUUCUUUGUGAAUGACAAAGCUAGCUAGAUACAUUUAUAUCUUUAUUGGUCUUGAAGUGUGUAUAUAAUAAGGAAUUAACAUGACCAUUUGCUUGAGGUCACGUGUUGUAAUAACAAAGAGCGGUUGGUUAUAUAUCACCAUUAAAAAGGGGCAGAUGCAACAGGUUACUACCCCUUUCCAGAUUGGGUCUUCUUUUUA